UUUAUGGUUGUUCCAAAUUUUAAAAUCUUUUAGUAAAAAAACUAUGGGUGUACCAAAGUUCUAUCGUUGGUUAUCUGAAAGAUAUCCGUGUUUAAGUCAAAUCAUAAAAGAAAAUCAGAUUCCAGAGUUUGAUAACUUAUAUCUUGACAUGAAUGGUAUUAUUCAUCCAUGUUCACAUCCAAAUGAUGAUGACCCACAUUUUCGAAUCACUGAAGCCCAGAUUUUUAAAAAUAUCUUUAACUAUAUUGAGGUUCUUUUUCGAAUUAUCAAGCCGAAGCAAAACUUUUUUAUGGCUGUUGAUGGAUGUGCACCAAGAGCAAAAAUGAACCAGCAAAGAAGCAGAAGGUUUAGGACAGCUAAAGAAGCAGAAGAAGCCAUUCGAAAAGCAAUUCAAAAGGGCCAAACAUUACCACCAGAUGAUCGUUUUGAUUCAAACUGUAUUACACCAGGAACUGAGUUUAUGUGGAGGUUGCAGCAUCAAUUAAAGUAUUUUGUUAACCAAAAGAUAUCAUCUGACCCCCUUUGGCAAGAAUGUACUAUUUAUCUAUCAGGGCAUGAUGUACCAGGAGAAGGAGAACAUAAAGUGAUGGAUUUUAUUCGUUACUGUAAAUCAAAACCAGACUAUGAUCCUAAUACAAGGCAUUGUCUUUACGGUUUAGAUGCUGAUUUGAUUAUGCUUGGUUUAAGCACCCAUGAGCCUCACUUUAGUUUAUUACGUGAAGAAAUUCGUUAUGGUAAACAAUCAAAAAGAUUACUUCGACCUGAUGAACAAACAUUUCAUUUGCUUCAUCUUUCCCUUUUAAGAGAAUAUCUAGAAAUGGAAUUUAUUAUUGUAAAAGAUUUGCUGCAUUUUCGUUUUGACACAGAACGCAUUAUUGAUGAUUGGAUCUUUCUUGGUUUUCUUGUUGGAAACGAUUUUGUUCCCCAUCUUCCACAUAUGCAUAUCAAUCAUGAUGCAUUACCUUAUAUCUUUAAGAUAUAUAAAGAGUUUUUACCUACAACAGAUGGUUAUCUAAAUGAUGGUGGCAUGAUUAAUCUUUGUCGACUUAAAAAAUUCUUUGAAUUUCUUAGCAAAUUUGACAGAGAACGUUUUCAUGAAGUAUAUGCAGAUCUAAAAUGGUUAGAAAGUAAAGGGUCUGGGAAGUUGUUAGAAAAUAGUGCUGGCAAAAAAAAGUUUGCAGAUGUUAUGCGUGAACUAGCUCUUGAAGAACUUAAUGAGGAUUUAGAAGAAAUAAGAAAAUCAAAACUUUUUGAUUCUCAGUACAGUAUUAAUGCAAAUAUAUCUGGAGCAUUUGAUGAACUCUCAUUAAAUUUAACACCAGAAAAACCUGGAAAAUUGAAGACAUUAAAUGAUGACAUUGAAGUUGAAGAUGAUGAAACAUUUGAGCUUGAGUUUCAGCAGCAUAAAAGACACUACUAUAUGGAGAAGUUCGAUAUGGAUAUUGCAGACAAUGAACAUAUUCAAACAAUUUGCACUGAGUAUGUGAUUGCUCUACAAUGGAUUUCUCACUAUUAUUUUAAUGGACUUCAAUCAUGGAGCUGGUAUUAUCCUUACCAUUAUUCACCAUAUAUAUCAGAUGUUGCAAACUUUGAACUUAAGGAAAUAAAUUUUGAAAUGGGCCAUCCAUUUCUACCUUUUGAGCAGUUAUUGGCUGUUCUUCCUGCAGCAAGUAGGAAGCUAUUGCCAGAAGCCUAUCAGAGUUUAAUGAUUAUGGACAAUUCCCCCAUUAUCGAUUUUUAUCCGCCAGAUUUUCGAACUGAUUUAAAUGGUAAGCAGCAGGAUUGGGAAGGAGUUGUUUUGAUACCAUUUAUUGAUGAGACUCGCUUAUUAAAAGCAGUGAGAGAAAACUGUUCACGAUUAACAGAGGAAGAAAAACAACGCAACUCCUUUGGUUGCAGUUAUAAAUAUAAUUAUGACAAAGCAUUAAAUUUUGUUUAUCCAUCAUGCCAUCCUGAUUUUGACGACAUUACAUCUUGCAAAGCUAAAGUAGAAAUAGUCCAUAAAGACCUUCACCGCCUCCAAAUAAAUCAAAUUAAGAAAGGACUGAUGAAAGAUAUCAAAUUAGAUAUAUACUUACAGGGAUUUCCAACAAUGAAACAUUUGAAAUUUGAGUCUUAUUUAGAAAAGGCGGGAGUUAAGGUUUUCCAAUAUAGCAGUAGAAGUGAAAACACAAUAAUUAAAAUUUUAUCUCCUAGUAACCAGAAUAUUGAAGAUAUUGCAAAACAAUUGCUUGGAGAAAUAGCAUAUGUUGAAUGGCCAUAUAUGGUGGAAGCUAAUAUAGUGUCAGUGACAAAUGACUCUGUAAAAUACUUUUUAGGUGAUAAUAAUGAAAUUGCUUCCAAACUAGUGCAAGGGGAAGAAUAUAAGAACAUCAAAAAAGAAAUGAAAGCAAUUGCAACAUACCAUAUGGAAAAACGUGGAAUCCAACUUGGAGAUAUCAAAAUAUUAGUACAGGCUAAACUGCUAUUGGGUGAAAGAUACAAUUGCAGCCAAAAGGGCGCUGUGCAGUUAGAAAAGGAAUGGAGCAGUCAAAUUGAGUUUUAUCCUUUACAAACCGUUGUUCAGAAUUUAUUGGUUCAUAAUCAAAAACGUGAUGUCCUAGAUUCUGUUCCAAAAUUAUUUCCUACUAACUCCUUAUGUUUUAUGAUGUCUUUUCCUUUUUAUGGCUGUUGUGGAGAGGUAGUGGAGAUUGAAAAAGAAACAGGAAGAGUUAGAGUUGCACUCAAUGUAUUGGAAGAGCCAGAUUUUUCAUGCAUUAUUGACAUAUAUGAUUCUCUCACAACUCAAUAUGUUUCUGAUCGCACCGUAUCACAAAGACUUGGAUUACCUACUCACCUUCUAAGUCGCAUCACUGGAAAUGUGUUUAUUAACAUGAGCAAUAAUACAGACUCGUCCAGUUUGAUUAAUGUUGGAUUGAAAUUAAAAUAUACUGGACAAAAUAAGGAGUUAUUAGGGUAUGCUCGGCGUUCAGGGCAAGGCUGGACAUAUUCUCCAGCUGCAUUAACUGUUAUCAAAAAGUAUAUGAAUGAGUUUCCUGAACUAUUUGAAGCCCUAGGAAAAACAAAUGGAGUAGAAAAUUGUAAAUUUAACGAGCUGCUACCUGGACAAAGUCGCAAAUAUAUGGAUAAAGUGCAAGCUUUUCUGAAAAGCCAACUUUGUUUUAACAACGAAUUAGUACAGUGUGGAAGCUCUUCUCUAGAUGAACCUGUUGUAAAGAAAAUAGAAGAAAUUGUUGAUCUUUAUAAAUUAAAGAAUGAAUCGAAAAUUGUAAAAGUAAAGGUGAAACCUCAAGCAUUAUUUCGCCCAACACAAUUUUUUGGUAAACUUGCCCCUGACCCAAGUACAGAGUUUUUGCUUAUGGAUCGUGUUGUCAAUGUACAAAAUGGAAUAACUGUACCUUUAGGCUUAAGAGGAACAGUAAUUGGGCUACAAGAAGAUGAAAAUAAUAAAAACUCAAAAGAGUUAAAAAUUGAAAUAUUGUUUGAUGAAUGUUUUCUGGGUGCUGUAGAAAGAAGAUCAAAAGAAAAGCGAGUUUACAUUUUGUGCCCAAACUCUUUACUCAAUAUAUCUUAUGGUGAGAGAAAAAAUAGCAAGAAAAAUGGAACUCCUCUUGGAUUAUCAACAAUCUUUCAAAAUAAAAUAUCCUCUACUAAUAGCAAUAAUCAAUCUCCUUUAAAGGAUUCACCCCGUCAAACACCUGGUAAGGAUUUAAAGGAUUCUCCCCGUCAAACACCUGGUAUUAUACGCACACCUACACAAAAUUAUUCAAGUCCCUCUCCAAGGUACAAAUAUCAUAAUGAUGGAUUUCAUAAUAGAAAUUAUCAUUCACAAAAUAGUGGAGGUCAGUUAAUUUCACCAGACUAUUGGCUGAAAGGUUACACUCGUAAUUCAACUCCACAACAAAAUACAUAUAGGCAAAGUUCGCCAUAUACAAAACAACACAGGUACAGAACACCUAACUCAGCUGAAAGUGUUCCAAAAAAUGUUUCACAUGAUAGUAAUGAUUUUAUGAACAUGUGGCAAGAACUCAGAAGAGCAGAACAACAAAAAGACAAAAAUCAACAGCCUUAUGUAGACCAAAACGCAACCGCUGCAGUCCACCAGCUUCUUCAUAUCCCCCUCAAAAACAAAAGUCCUGUUGCACAAGUAUUUAAUAAAACUCCUACAGGACCUUCUUACCCUUGUCUUAACCAACAAUUCACGCCCUUUACACCUCCGCACCCUUUCAUGCCAUUUACACCGCCACAAUCUCACACACCUUUCAGACAUGUUUUUAAUCCAUGUACUGAUUCAAAUCUUUCUGUUUUUACUAAUUCUCAGGCUAAAUCUACACCAGUAUUGAAUUUAAAUGAAAAAAUAUCGGAAAAAAGUUUAUUUGUACCUCAUCAGGUUUUAGUAAAGACUACUACACCACAAGUCAACUCUAGUGAAGUUGUUGAGAACCAAAUUAAAGAUAUUCUUGGAAUAAAAACAAAAUCAAGUGACGAACAGAUCAAGGAUUUGCUGGGAAUCAAAAAAGCUCCUACAUCCAAAAGUGAUGACUCGGAUCAAAUUAAAAAGUUACUAGGAAUAAAUAGUGAAUGUAAAACAAAAACUGAUUCAUCAUCUGCCUUGUCUUCUCCACCAUGUUUGGAUGUGUCUGUUGAAAGUAAUACGACUGUGUUAUCAACUAAUGUUGAAAGUAAUACGAAUGUGUUAUUGGGUAAUGUUGAAAGUAAUACGACUGUGUUAUCGGGUAAUGAUCAAACAGCUAUACAGAAAAAAAAAAUUCUUUUAGCGCCAAGUUUUUUUGGUCCCAAAAAAAAAUAACAGUUCAAAGUUAUUUUAUCUUUAUAUAAAAGAUUUAUCUUUAUGUAAAAUUUAUUUCAAAAAUGUUAUCAUGAACAAUUUUUUUGUAUCUUGAUUUUAAAACAAUUUUAAAGACAAUUUUUUCAUAAUUUUAAUGAAGAAAAUAUUUGUUU